AUGCCGUGUGUAAUUCAAAAUAAUCAAACGAAAAAUUAUGGGUGAACAACACGAGUUUCGUACGACAUCGCUGUUUCACCAAUUUAAGCGAGGAAUAUAUCUUCUUGAAUAGAAGUAGCGUUAAAUGCCAAGCGUACGUCGUCAACGUACGUCGGUUAGAUUAAAAUGUCUGCCGUAUUUACUAUCCGUGAGGCAGAUUUUGAUGAUCUUGAUGAUGAGGAAUUUUUGAAUGAAGCAUUAAAUUUCGAAUCUGAACAGCUCACAAAAGGCGUUCCCUGCCAAAAUAUCUCUGACUACAAUGGACCUGGUAAAAUGAACGAGUGUCACAGCAAGCAAAAUAUUUUACGCAGCAAAGGCUCCUCAGUCAACUCGUUCCCUAAUUCUGGCAAAUCUAGUUCGAGUCUGCGAUCAUCUUCAAGUAUUUUUUACACGUCCAGCAACCAACCUGGAUGCUCAAAGCGCACACCUGGUGAUUUUGAUGAUCAGCUGUCAGCGGAACCUCCCAUGAAGAGGCUAAACUGUGUGGAAGAGAAACAGAGUUGCACUUUGGGAAAGGAUCAGUCUUUAUUAUCUCUGACUGCAGCAAUCACGACGAGGAAAGCAAGUGAAUACAUGACUGGUGUUUCGGCAGAACCGAAAGUGUCAGUGAAUGUCAAGGAUAGCCGGAAUUUCAAUUUCAAUCCUGUUAUUAGUUUCAGUACUACUAGUAAUAUAUCGGAUGGUCUGAGGUACGUGCAGAAUACUACUUCGGCAGUUUCGUCACCAAGAUUGACAGACGGUAGACCGGAGAACUUAAUUGGAGCACAAUCAGCACAAACUUCAAAUAUACGAAGCAAAUACAACGAUAAAGACUCGUCUAGAGGCGUUUUACGGGAAACAUUGUCUCAGACUUCAGUUUCUAAACAGACUUUAGAAUGUAACAGAUUUAGCAAGGAUUGUUUAAGGCGGUCGUGCCUAUCUGAAAUCCUGAGUGAUACGCAUACCAACUCCACUCUUCCAGUUACGCCAACAACACAUUUUACUUUAAAGAACUCAUCACGAGGUACAAAAACACCUUCGGUUGAUAUACACACACCGAAACGAAAAGGUUUUGCCAGAGAAUCACCAGUUCUGACUUAUUUAAGAACGUUUACAGACGAGAAACGAUGCUCUACUCCGAGAAGAUUUCCUGGUCCAGCUGGAAUACUACCCCCGAAAAUGGAUCCAGAUCAAACCUUGGACAGUAUUCGAAGUCUGUCGUCAACUGAAUCUCCCACGAAGAUAACACCUCGGCUUUUUGAACUGGGUUCAUGUGAUGAAGUAGAUGACUUUGCAAUAAAACCGUGGACUUUGAUGCAAGAGAAAGUUGCAAAAGAUUUUCCGGAUGCGUGCGAUACACUUGCGUCUGUAGUAAGGAAGGCUGGAUCACAGGAACUUCAUAGGGGGAAAGUGGCAUUUUUAGCUGUGUUAGUUAAAUCGUUCAACCCAAAUGGUUUGGAUUUUAGUAUUGUAUUAAAAGAUCCUUCAGGUGAAAUGCACGGAGUGGUGCAUAAGAAGGUUAUCGAGAAAGUUGAACUUGGACCUGGAUGCGGUUUCAUACUCAAGCAGGUUUCUGUUUUUAGUCCAUCACCACGAAAACAUUAUUUAAACAUCACCCCAAGAAAUAUUGUCGAGGUUUUUCCAGCUGUCGCAGAUCCAUCCAGCAAGGAGUCGGGUUCAGAUGUUACAACGUUGCGUGAAUCAAAACAGUGUGACACACAGCCGAUGUGUCUGGAUUCAGGCAAAGAAAUACAUCAAGCCGAGACAGUUGAAGAAUCAAAUUUUGAUGAACUCCUCGAAGGAUUAGACGACGAUGAUGAUAUGCUCCAAGAGGCAAUGAACUUAUGAGAGACCACAUACAGUCUUUACCUACCCGCGUCCCCGUGUAAUUUUGUUUUAAUUGAUGCAAUAUUAAAUUAUGUUUGUUGUA